AUGACUUCGCGUAACCGAAUACCUCACCAACUUGAACCGUAUCUCCGGUUGCCACCCGAGGCAAGCCUUAUAGUCUUGACCAGUACACUGGGCUGUAGUGCAACAUGGCUCACUGCACGAUUCGUGAGUUCAUUGCUGGACUAUACGGACGAUGAAGGUGGCGAGACAGCGGUAGUCUUAGCGAGCUGGCUAAGAGAUGCUUCAUGGUGGAAGCAAGAGCUCCGAAGAGCGGCAGGUACCGAUGUGGCAAAAUCUGUCGAAAGCAAACGGCUUACGAUUGUCGACUUCCUCUGCAACGAUAACGGGACGGUUCUGGACACCAUCGAAAGCACUCUACGUACGGCAAUUACCACAGCGAAGCAAGGAACGCGCAAAGUAACGCUCAUCCUCGAGAAUCCAGACACCCUGCUAGCCCUUGGCCAAACCACCGCACUAACACUGAGCCAAGUGCUGCUCAAACUGCGCACUCUCGUCCACGCCACAGCGGUGGUACUAUCAGCCGACCUCCCCUUACUGGAAGCCGCCUCAGAGCACGCCGAGAAAGUCCCAACACCCAUCGAGGCCGAGACUGCAGCUUUCGCCGUCCAGCAGGCGCACCAAGCUGGUUACGUUAUAAGUGUGCGGGAGCUAGACACGGGUGCCGCGCGAGAUGUGAGUGGUGUGUUGCGCGUCACUAUGGGAGGCGGUGUCUAUGGGGCUGCGGAGGGAACGCUUGCUGGCAAGGAGAUGGAGGCGUUGUAUCUUGUUCAACGGGAUGGGAACGUCAAAGUUUUUGAGCGAGGUUCUGCGACCUUCUGA